AUGCUCCAGCCGAUAGCUCCGCGGCACGCGUCCUCAGAGCAAUCAUCGCUUGACGCAGAUGAUGGAACUGUUUUUGAAAAGAGCAAUGUUUUAUUAAUCGGGCCUACUGGAUCGGGCAAGACAUUGUUGGCGAAAACUUUGGCGCAAAUUCUGCAAGUACCAUUUUCCAUGUCAGAUGCAACCCCUUUCACACAGGCGGGCUAUGUCGGUGAAGAUGUCGAGCUUGUGAUCCAGAGACUCCUGCAGGCAUGCGAUCACGAUAUCAAGAAAGCAGAAACUGGUAUUGUGUUUAUUGACGAAAUUGACAAAAUAUCAAGACGGUCCGAUACGUUUUCAUCCUCAAGGGAUGUUUCUGGGGAAGGAGUACAGCAAUCUUUAUUACGGAUGUUGGAAGGAACGAUCGUAAACGUGACAGACAAAUCAGCAAUCGGCAGUGGUUCUGGACCAGGCAAACGUGGAGGUGGAUCAGGAGGACCUGCAGGUGGCAGUAGUGGGUUAACUACGGGUGGAUCGUUCAGUGGAAGCGCACCUCAGAAUAAGCCUGAAGUAUAUGCCGUUGAUACGAGCAAUAUCCUGUUUAUUCUCAGUGGCGCAUUCAUUGGACUGGAUAAGACGGUGAUGGAUCGAAUUGCCAAAGGAUCUAUAGGCUUUGAUGCUACCCUAAGAUCAGCAUCGGAUGAUGACAAGGAUAACAACAAACCCAAUACUUCUCAUUGUAUACUUGUAUAUCCAGAUCUUGUCAAAUAUGGAUUAAUACCCGAAUUCAUUGGGCGAGUACCGGUCGUUGCAUCAUUGAACAACUUGUCGGUGGAUGAUCUAGUGCGGAUUCUUGAAGAGCCCAAAAACUCUCUCGUUAAACAAUAUCAAGGGUUGUUUGAGCUCAACAAGAUUACUCUUCAAUUUAGCAAAGGUGCACUGAGACGUAUUGCUGAAGAAGCUCUGGAGAAAAAGACUGGCGCUCGAGGUCUCAGAAGAAUUAUGGUAAUGCAUCCUUAUACACAUGGUCACUAUUGCAUAUAA